AGCUCGACGACGACGACGACCACGAGGACAUUCAAGAUUGUCGGUGCACUUCGACGCGUUCCAAUGCCAGUCACUCAUUUGAUGUCUGCUCAAGUUUCCCCACUCGCUCUCAUCAUCCCCCGACCACAUAUUCCUUCAGCUAUCAGACCCCGUCUUUCAACAAGUUCUUUUCUUUCUUCCACUCCACGCACUCCUUCUCGUAGCCCAGUCGCGUCUCAUAUUUUCAUUUCGCCCCCGGCUCCUAAUAGAAACAGUUGUGACUCUUGGAAUAGUUCAAACUACGACUUCGACGACCCUAGUGUAGAGUGGAAGGAGGAUGAGGUCAGAUUACUUGGCAGGACCUUGGACGCGCUACCUUCUCAUCUUAUCACGCCUUUCAACGGCUCAGUUCCGCCUCCGAACCUUCUCGACAAGAUUGCGCGCGGUAUCACUGCUGCAAAGGGCCCCAAUGACUGGCCCCAUUCCGUUACCGCGACGCGUACCAAAUUGCUCGACUUGGCCCGUGCAAGAGCAAUGGAGGAGCGGAAGAGGUCCAUUAUUGACGAGGACGUCAUCUUUCUCAGCGGAAAUGCACAUCGUCCGGGAGAUUGUGCUGAGCGCAACGAUACUUCACCGGACGUCCUUCAACCUACUACAAACACUCCUAAGCGCCACCCACUAUACAGGCAGUCCAGCAUGGAUUUCAUGACCGAUGCAAAGGUUGAUCAUAAGGAAAGCAUUGCUCGCCUUUCGCACCGUCUACAACGACACGAGCAUACUUUCCACCACCCCUCAUCAACGCUCAACGCCUCACAGAGCAAUAUGCGAAAGUCUACUGCAUCCUCAAGUUCCAACUCCACCUUUGGCACUCCCGUUUCCGGAUCUGUGCCUCUGCGUCCGUCCUCUCUGCGCAGGUCAUCCACUUUGACCCUCGCAAGUUCCUGCGACAUGCGCGUAGACGCAGAAGGUGACAAUGAGAAUCUUUUCAAGACUUCAGAAUCUCGCCGUAGCGGGGGGUAUGCCGACCUAGCCCUGGGCGCUACUGUCGGUGUCAAGGUCAAGAAACCUUCUGCGCAGCCUGUUACCCCAAGGACACCUUCAACGAGGAAAGUCAAACCGCCUUUUUCCACCACAAAUUCAAAUUCAAAAACUAAAAUUCCCGCUCUAUCUGUGAUCUCCCCACCAAAGACACCUCCAUCCAAACCUCGAGUACUUCCCACCACCGCAAUCAAAGCAGCCACACCGAUCAAGCAGCCUAAAUUCCGCAAGGGACACAUGCCUUCCCUAUCCGUCUCCUCUGACGAAGAGGAGAAUGCACGUUCUCAACGUGCGAAGAAACCCCGUACGAGGGAACCUUCGUGGUCACUCAUCGCGUCCUCAGAUCCACAUGCACGACAGUCCCUUUCCCAAUUGGCAGCAUCGCAAAUUACAACUACAAGUUCUGUGCACAGGGAUUUGGCGAAGAAACGCGAAUCAGGGCGGAGUGCUAUUUUAGCCAAGGCUUCUUCCAGCUCGUCGGAUAAUGACAAUGAAUUUUCGACGGCGAGUGUAGAGACCGCUGCUACGUCUGUCUCGCUGUCCACAUCUGCUGCACCCAUGCCCGUGCCCAAGGUCAUGAUGAAGCAGAAGGCGGAGGAGAAGGCGGAACCGAAGCUAACGACGAAGUCAAAGCCCAUUCGUCGCAACCUCAUGCGCAACCCGUCCAUGUUCGGCCCCGAGCUCCCGUGUCCACAAGCAACCCCAUCGCCUCCAUCGCGCAUCCCGCUGUCGUCUCCUAUCGAAUCUCCUGUUUCUGUGUCCCCGAGUACACCAGGGUCUCCGAGUACGCCUCCCAUGUCCCCAAGUAUAAUUGCCACACCUCUACUUUCUAUUCAGACGCGGACGCCUCUACUCUCUAUCCAGGCACAGACGCAGGCACGUCCACGCACACUUCGCCGUGCUGCGCGUAGGAUCUCGUUUGGGAGUUUAAGGGCUGCGAGUCCAGUUCUGUCCGGUGAGAGUGGGAUGGUUGCACUUGGGAGUGCGUUCCAGCUUGCUUGAUAUUGCUCUUGAUGGUUUGGUGUGAGCAGUGCUCGCACACCUAUCGUAUCUUUGAUGCUUCAUUUUUGAUUUCCUCGUUCCCUCUGGUUUCAUUUUUGUAUGUUUUGGAUUUCGUGUACUUGUAUGUCUUUCACGAUUGCUCCAUCUACUUCAUCUAACGAGUCUUUUCUGAUUGCUUCCCCCCAUUUCUUCCCUUUCCUUCCGCUUUCCUUUCUUUUCGUCUUUUCGUUAGUCGUUCGUAGUUUUCUUCUUACUUAUGGUGUUGCUUAUUUUCUCAC